AUUUGGCCUUGUAUGAACGCUGUUCUCUUUUACACAGCCAACGAGAGUCGUGACGCGAGCAAUAGUUCAACGCUCAUUCAUCUCGGGGCAGUGAGUUUAUGUAAAAGUUUGUAAAGUUAAAACUUCGGUUAUUGCUUCAGAACCGAAGAUAAUGCCUAUGAUAUCGAUGGAUUUCAAAAUCACGCCUCCCAAAGUGAAACCUCAAAGAGCAAUCAGUUUAGCUCUUGCAAUCAUAAGACCAUUAUUGUGUACGCUAUGUUCAUUGGUAGCUCCGGUCAUUGUGUACCUUGUCGAAGGUUGCACCACCCUUUUCUGGUGGAUGUUGGGCUUUGUUCCCAUCAUUUUUCUUCUCCUUUUGGUGUUUGAUUCUCAAAAGAUCAAGGACAUUACAGAAUAUCUGAAAAUAAAGUAUUGUGUUGGAAUCCAUAGAAAAAAAUUGCUGCAUGUUCCUUCCAGCUACAAGAAUCUCUCGCCUUUGAAUUUGAUUUCAGCACCAAAGAAUUCUUCUAGCUCUUUGCAAAGCCAAAUCCUAGACGGGUUUGAAGAUUCACAGUCAACAACAUCUUCAAUUGUUGUCGAUAUACCAUCGUCUCACGAUUACAAAUCUACAAGUUCUUCCUCCAGUGCAUCAGAUGAAGCAAUUAUUCCUCAACACCCCACGCAUCUCACACCAACAAGAAGACGAGUGAUUUCGCCAGCGUCGAUUUCUCUUAGUCCUUUAAGAAAUAAGGUGAAUGCUCCAAAGAUAUCGCCAGUUUCCAAAAGACGGUUGGGAGUUUCUGAAUAUGGUUCUCCUCGUCUUCUGGCCGUUGAGGAGCCGUCACAUUUGCCGUCAAUUCUAGAGUCCACAUACUGUGAGUGCAAUGCUGACAACCUACUGGCUCAGAAAUUCAGUUGCUUCCAUAUGUAAAGCGGUCAAGCAUAAACAAAUGUUAGUUUCUUUUAAGUAAAUGUACAAAAUACAUGUUUUAAUUUGUAUGUGACUUAUAUAAAAUGGA